AUGGUUUCUACAAUCGAACCUUUGCUCUUUGAGCUGAAUACCGCAGUUGGCCAGGCGAAGGAUGGCACCCUUCCGGAACAAGCCAGAAUGGAAGCGUUGCAGGCCGCAACCAAGCUUGCCGCCGUGCUCGAGACGCCGGAGGAUGCUCUGCUGAAGAUUGCGUACAGUCCGGCGAUAUGCAUGGCCAUCCGAUGCGGUUUUCAGAUGGGCAUUGUCUCCGUGCUCUCCGAGAAAGAAGAGACGUCGGCAGAGGAACUUGCGAGCAGGUCUGGCGCCAAUGAGGUGUUGAUCAGACGACUUCUGCGCCCGCUCACAGCUGCGGGCCACGUCGCUAAGAAAGGCCCCAGCAUUUACGGUCCCACCGCCAUCUACAGGCAGCUGCACCAGCUGGUGACAGAGGGAAUGGUGAAGUUCAUUUGGGACCUCGGCAUGUCCUCCAUCACCGCCGCACCCCACUGGCACCUCAAUCCCACCGACGCGACCAACGGGCCCUUCCAAGCCGGCCACAAGACGGACCUGGACAUGUUCGGCUUCGCCCUCGCCAACAAGGAGAGGUUCUGGGAUGACAUAAAUACCUUUUUCGAGGGCGACCGCGGCAGCCGGCCCCAUUGGGGUGAGUGGUUUCCGGUUGAAGACAAACUACUCGAUAAUAAUCUUCUGAGGCCUGAUGCUCCGAUAAUCGUCGAUGUUGGUGGGGGCCGCGGCCACGAUAUCGCUGGAUUCAGGAAGCACUUCUCAGACCUGCCAGGGCGGCUUGUGUUGCAGGAUCAGCAGCCGGUGCUGGAUAGCAUCGUGGAGCUGAAUACGAAGAUUGAGAAGCGUGCGUUGGAUUUCUUCAACGAGGCGCCUGUGCCAGGCACGCGGAUAUACUUCCUCAAGUUCAUCAUGCAUGAUUGGUCAUCGAGGAGUUCAUCCUCCCGGACGAAGGAUGUUCUCUGCUGCCGGCUGAAUGGGAUUUGA